CUGCAUAAAUGCAAGAUAAAUGGUAGAGGAAAAUGGCGACCGGCGUGAAACAUGAACUCGCCCAGCUGAUGAACUCCAGUGGAUCUCACAAAGAUCUGGCGGGGAAAUAUCGUCAAAUAUUAGAAAAGGCUCUACAGUUUAUAGAUGCAGAACAACUGGAGGCGCUCAAAGCAUUUGUUGAAGCCAUGGUUAAUGAGAACGUCAGUCUGGUUAUAUCCAGACAGCUGUUGACAGACUUUUGUACACACCUUACAAACCUUCCCGAUGGUACGGCCAAAGCUGUUUGCCACUUCACACUGGAAAAGAUUCAGCCUAGAGUUAUUUCUUUCGAAGAACAGGUAGCUUCAAUCAGACAACAUUUGGCCACAAUCUAUGAAAAGGAGGAGGACUGGCGGAACGCUGCCCUGGUUCUUGUGGGCAUCCCUUUGGAGACGGGACAAAAACAGUACAACGUGGACUACAAGUUGGACACAUACCUGAAAAUUGCCCGUCUGUAUUUGGAGGAUGAUGACCCGGUUCAAGCCGAGGCCUACAUAAACCGAGCUUCUUUACUUCAGAACGAAUCCACCAAUGAACAGCUGCAGAUUCACUACAAGGUGUGCUAUGCCAGAGUCCUAGACUAUCGGAGGAAGUUCAUUGAGGCUGCUCAGCGCUACAAUGAGCUUUCUUACAAAUCCAUUGUCCAUGAGACCGAGCGUCUGGAGGCUUUGAAGCAUGCUCUUCAUUGCACAAUACUGGCCUCUGCAGGUCAGCAACGCUCCCGGAUGUUGGCUACGCUGUUCAAGGACGAACGUUGUCAGCAGCUUGCCGCCUAUGGCAUUCUGGAGAAGAUGUACCUGGAUCGAAUCAUCAGAGGAAACCAGCUGCAAGAGUUUGCUGCCAUGCUGAUGCCACACCAGAAAGCCACCACAGCAGAUGGUUCGAGCAUCCUAGAUCGAGCAGUCAUUGAGCACAACCUGCUGUCUGCUAGCAAACUAUACAAUAACAUCACUUUUGAAGAGUUAGGAGCACUUUUAGAGAUCCCACCUGCAAAGGCUGAAAAGAUCGCCUCACAAAUGAUCACAGAGGGCCGUAUGAAUGGGUUCAUUGACCAGAUAGAUGGGAUCGUCCACUUUGAAACACGAGAGCCGUUGCCUACCUGGGACAAGCAGAUUCAGUCGCUGUGCUUUCAGGUGAACAACCUGCUGGAGAAGAUCACUCAGGCAGCACCAGAGUGGACCGCACAAGCUAUCGAAGCUCAGAUGUCCCAAUAAAUCCCCUCUUUAUCUCUGUCUAUCCACAAACCCCUUCACCACUCCUUCGACUCUCAUUUGACAAGAUUGACAGCACUAUGAAAAGACUUUUGAGCUUGAUCUCACUGAUGCGGGUUAACCCGGCACGUACAUGCUAUGUAUUAAGUUCGACUUCGAAGAUGCUUAAUAAACGUUGCAAAAAUG